AUGGCCUCAAUUGCCCCUCAACCCAACCUCACACACCGAUACUCAGAGUCCAUGGAUCGACCGGACAAGCGACCUUACCCCGGGAGCCAGUCUGCCAACGGCCAGGAACAACAUGGCUCCGAGGAUGAGGAUGACUUUGAGGACGACCAAGACGGCCAGUCGGUCCUGAGCCACGACAACAGCACCCGUGACUCGUCUUCUCAGCCACCGACAAAGACCCGUAAGAAGCCCGGUCGCAAGCCCAACCCUGCCUCGCCUGCCGUCCGUAAGGAGCAGAACAGGGCCGCCCAACGCGCCUUCCGCGACCGAAAAGAACGCCACCUCCAGCAGCUCGAGAACAUGAUCAAGGAACUCAAGGACACCCACCACCACGCCGGCGUCCGCUUCCAACGUGAGUCUCAGCAGCUCAAGAGCAUCAUUGAAUCCCUCCAAUCUGAAAACUACUACCUCCGCGAGGUCGUCUUCUCCUUCGAGUCGGCUCUUGGCAAGACUGGCAACGCCACCAUUCUCCAGGACGUCAAGGCCGAGCUCUACCGCCGCCACUACGAGAACCAUGCUGCCCGCAAGCUGUCCAUGUCUUCUCCUCAGCAGCCCUCUCCCUCUCCCUCCUUCUCCAAGAGCACACUCUCAAACUCGCCCGUCUCGAUGCCGCCCCCAACACCCGCUCCCACUGCUGCUGCGACUGCAGCUCCUGCUCCCAUCCCCACUCCACUUGUCAUGCCCGGCCCUGUUCCCGUGGACGACAGCAUCCCACAUGCCACCCAGGUUCAAAUGCUGAACCAGGCCUUGGCUGCUGCUAUGGCUGCCCAUGCUGCCGCUGCCGCUGCCAACGCAAACAGGUCGAACUACAGCAACAACCAGAACGCCAACUCUAACCAGAUGACCAUGAACGAUAUUGGUUCGACCGCUUCAUCUUCAUCCUCCUCUUCGAACGCCUGGACGCAGCUCGGACUCGCAGACCCUCAGGACGACAACAUCUUUUCGAUGAACAGCGACAUUCUGUACAAGGCUCCGACUCUCUUUUCGAACACGGACGACACCAAGAUGAACUCGCCUGUUGCACCCUCUGACUCUGCCUCUGGAUCUCGCGACCAGUAUACCGCUCCCAACUGGAUCCCCAAGCAGACCUCCGUUUAUGAUGAUCUCCAGCCAACCCUCUUUUCUCAAAACAACAACAUACAGUCGACCAGCAACAAGGUGUCUGCUUCGCCCCAGAACAUGGCUGCGGACAAUUUGCUCUUUGGCCAGUCGCAGGAUUCGUUCUCGCCUAACCAAAACAUGUUUACGUUCACCGCCGGCUCGAUGGACAAUGGAUUCUCGGUCCAGACGCCUUCCUUCCUGGACUCUGACGAUAUUGACAGCAACGAGUUUAGCAUGGCGACACCCAGCAUGACAUUUGACGAAAACCACCUCAAGCAGGAUCUCAUCCCCAGCUACCGUCUUCAGAUGGAGCUCAGGAUCCUUGCCUCUGCUCCUCCAGCAACCGACCCCAAAAUUGAUCCCAAGAUCUAUGCACUCCCUCACGACUCUCGCAUUGACCUGAUCCCCUGCCCCAAGCUCAGAGCCCAGAUGAUUAUGCACCAGAACGAGUACGACAUUGAGGAUCUCUGCCAGCUCCUGAUCGGUGGCGCCAUCUGCCACGGGCAUCCCUUGGACCCCCACAACUGGGAGUUGCCCCGCGCCUUUUUCGACCGCUACGGAUACUUAAUGGGUCAGGACCUCAUGAAAUACAAGAACAAAGUGUGGCCCAAGAAGACCGACACCCAGCGUCAGAACUUGUUCAGGACCUUUUAA